AUGCUGCGAACACCGUCAAUUCUCGUUGAUAGACAAUAUGACACAUCUUCCCCAUUGAUCCGGUAUAUUGAAGGCCACGAUCGGAUACGUUGGGGCUCAAUAUCUUCAACACAGCCGGUUCUUUCAGGACCAGAACAAAUCCGCGUAUAUCGCGAAUGGAUUGAUGCUGGGAGACCUCAUAAUAUAGUAUGUUGGGAGUGCCGUCUCCCCGACAGUCUGAUUGGUUGCCAGACCUGCUGUAGGUCCUACCAUACAGCAUGUUUAAUGGAUGUGGUUCGCUCUGCAAAUAACUUCCAUUGUCCAUCUUGCCGGGCAAGAGCUUGGGAUCGUACACCGCCCCAGUUCCCCGUGCCAUCUCCAACCCCAAGCACUGGAGGGACCCCAAACAGCCAUUCAGACACGUCAUCUGUAAACAUUUCAAUUCGUCGCGAUAGAUCGCCAACAGCAUCACGGGGUAAAUCCUCAACGGCCUCGGGGAUGAUGCAUCCCCCUACUUUGAACCGUAUUGAUGAAGUCAAUGCUCGCGGUACGCCAACUGAGGUAUAUCCUAUUGCAGAGAUGUACCCUCGGCUUCUGGAAUAUCUAGCGUUACCAGAUGCUGAGACAGAUCGCCAUGCCCAAUCGUCACAGUUCAAGCAUCAACUGGGAAUGGCUAUGAAAGAGAUUGAAUCAUAUCGGGCAUCGAUACGAGACAAGACGAACAUCCGAGAGGACUAUUCACGAUUACAGCGCGAGAAUGCACAAAUCAAAGCGUAUCUUGAUUCCAGGGACUCACCGCGAGAGUCUAGUAUUCCAAGCCCUUCGACAGUUCCACACAGCAUCAUCUCAAAACCGGUGUCUGAGCAAAGGGUGAAGGCUUGGGACAGCCUUGCCAUUGACAUGUUUUGA